AUGGGGGCGGCGGCAGCCGAAGCGGAUCGCACUCUCUUUGUGGGCAACCUUGAAACGAAAGUGACAGAGGAGCUCCUCUUCGAGCUUUUCCACCAGGCUGGUCCAGUAAUUAAAGUGAAAAUUCCAAAAGACAAGGAUGGUAAACCGAAGCAGUUUGCGUUUGUGAAUUUCAAACAUGAAGUAUCUGUUCCUUACGCCAUGAAUCUGCUUAAUGGAAUCAAACUUUUUGGAAGGCCUAUCAAGAUUCAGUUUAGAUCAGGAAGUAGCCAUGCCUCACAGGAGGUCAGUUUGUCAUAUCCCCAGCAUCAUGUUGGAAAUUCAAGCCCUACUUCCACGUCUCCUAGCAGGACGGUGGAUAACAUGACUCCAUCAUCACAGACAAUUCAGAGAUCUUUCUCAUCUUCAGAAAAUUUUCAGAGACAAGCAGUGAUGAACAAUGUUUUGAGACAGAUGUCAUAUGGAGGGAAAUUUGGUUCUCCACAUCUGGAUCAGUCAGGAUUUUCCCCAUCAGUUCAGUCACAUAAUCAUACUUUUAACCAGUCUUCAAGCUCCCAGUGGCGCCAAGAUACACCAUCAUCACAGAGAAAAGUCAGACUGAAUUCUUAUCCCUACGUGAUGGAUAGACAUUACAGCCGUGAACAGCGUUACAGUGAUCUGUCUGACCAUCAUUACAGAGGAAACAGAGACGAUUUUUUCUAUGAAGACAGGAAUCACGAUGGCUGGAGCCAUGACUAUGAUAGCAGAAGAGACAGUGGUAGAAAUGGAAAAUGGCGCUCAUCUCGACACUAA